GGGCAGUGUGUCAGGGGGAAGCAGGCGAACAGCCCAGAGUGAAACCACAGGGCAUUUCCUACUCAGUGAAGCUCCAUCCAUUGAGUAGGCAGUGUGUGAGGAGGGAGACUUGAAGACCAGGAGACCCUGGAAAAGCUGGCCGAUUGGACGGGUAGGCACUCCAGUGUCACCAGUGGCCUCAUGGACUCCCAGGAAACUCCAAAGGGAAUGGUCUCAUCCUAUCCUCAGUCAGGUUUCAUCUCCUUCUCACAGGGUGCAAUGCAGGCACCUAUGCGACUCUAUAAAUCGAAAGCAGCCCUGCAGAAAUUCCUGAAAGGGGAACCCAAGGCACUGGGGACCGUCCAGAUUAUGAUUGCCUUGAUGAACUUCAGCUUAGGAAUGGUUCUCAUUUUGAUUUCUUCGGAUGCUUAUAGACGUGAUGUUUUUCUGUUUUACACUGGCUACAUAUUCUGGGGAACAGCAUUUUUCAUCAUCUCUGGCUCCCUCACCAUUGCUGCAGAGAACAGAGCCACAAAUACUCUGAUCCAAAGCAGCCUGGCAAUGAACAUUGUUAGCUCAGUGGUGGCCGGGCUGGGAAUCAUCUUUUUUGCUGUCAACUUGGUAAUGUCUGAUCAUGCCUACUACUACUACUGUCACCAAGAGGGUUACUAUGAUGUCUGUGCUUUUGGUCACUCUAUAUUACUGGGAAUCAAUUUUAUUCUUCUGAUCCUAACUAUUUUGGAAUUUAUCCUCUCCCUCACCACCUCAGGCUUUGGCUGCAAGGCAAGCUGCUGUGACCAGAGUGGGGUCACUGUCUUCAUGCCUUCCCCACCCUAUGUGCCAGAAAACCCAGCUGCUGAAGCCUGCAAAGGAGGGACCACAUUUCUGAGCCCAGCUGCUGACACAAGUGCAUUUCCAGGAAGCCAUCCUGACAGUUUUGUCUAGAACAUGUGCUUCCCUGUUUUCAGCUAGCCUUGCUAGCUGUUUCUCAAUGAUAAAUAAAACAAAUUAAUUAUG